UUUUUUCCAAGAAGAAAAUUUUGCAGCUGAGAUUUUGCAACAAAUUUUAAUCAACUUUGUCUCAAAAAAGUUAAUUAAUUAUUGAUGUAAGCUCAAAGCUCUUCGUUUUUAAUUGUAGCUUCGGUUGACUCUGGCACUGUCGGUGUUGUAUCGUUUGAAAUGUUUUGAGCUAAGCUAUGGUUGUUACUAAUGUAGAUGUGUUCAAAUUUCAAAUUGAUUUAUAUCGUAUCGUGACGUAUAUAACAGUCAUCAUCCACUAACGUUGUAUCGUUUGGUUGUGAAGUGCUUUCGCAGAGUAUGAUAUAAUGACGAAGAAAGUAAAGAAAGUCGCUAGUUUGAUAAUCAAAAACAGAAAAGCCGUUAUCAAUGACAAUGUCAUCACUUCGGCUGGAAUCGGAAGACCGUCUGUUUUUCACGCGUUGGUUGUAAUAUUUUUGGAAUUCUUCGCUUGGGGAUUGAUGAUGAUGCCGGUCAUGUCUAAUUUGUUACGUUUAUUUCCGGGACAUAUGUUUUUAAUGAAUGGAAUAAUAAUGGGAAUCAAGGGACUUUUAUCGUUUCUUAGCGCUCCGUUGAUUGGCGCACUAUCGGACGUAUGGGGUAGAAAGUUCUUUCUUCUGAUAACGGUGUUUUUCACUUGCCUACCUAUACCGUUAUUAGCCGUGAAUGCUUGGUGGUUUUUCGCAUUAACUAGUAUUUCCGGAGUGUUCGCCGUUACGUUUUCGGUGGUAUUUGCGUAUGUGGCUGAUGUUACCAAAGAGCAAGAUCGAAGCGCCGCUUACGGAGUUGUUUCCGCCACAUUUGCUGCUAGUUUCGUCAUCAGUCCGGCAUUGGGUGCUUAUUUAUUGGAAAGAUAUUCCGAGAAUUUUGUGGUCGCUCUAGCCACAGCGGUGGCUGUAUUCGAUGUGUUGUUCAUUUUAGUAGCGGUGCCGGAAAGUUACCCAGAAAAAAUGUCCAAUAGUUAUUAUAAAACUCAGUUUUCUUGGGAACAAGCCGAUCCUUUUGCGUUAUUGAAGAAAGUUGGUAUCGACCAAACCGUGUUGCUGAUAUGUAUUACUGUGGUAUUUUCUUUCAUUCCCGAAGCAGGAGUGUAUUCGUGCAUUUUGGUGUACAUUAGAUACGUUAUAGGAUUCAGUAUGAGUAACGUUGUAAUCUAUAUCGCCACUGUCGGAGUUUUAUCGGUCAUUUUUCAAAGUUCAAUCGGUAUCUUGAUGAGAAUCAUGGGACCAAAACGUACAGUUCUGCUGGGACUGUUUUGCGAAGCGAUGCAUUUAUUAUGGUUUAGUUUCGCCACAUUCGAUUGGAUGGUAUGGAUAGCUGGUUUUUUGGCGUCCUUCUCUUCAAUUACAUAUCCUGCCAUAAGCGCGUACGUUUCGGUUCACUCUGACGGCGAUAAACAAGGUUUGAUUCAAGGUAUCGUUAUGGGCGUGCGUAGCUUAUGCAAUGGGAUCGGUCCAGCCCUGUUCGGUAUUUUCUUUUUCCUCUUCGAUGUAGAUCUCAGUUACAACGAAACAUUGUUACCUUCUGAUAAAGACCUUUUGACUAGUAAUAAAACAUCGCGUAUUCAUCACGAUUUAAAUUCUACGAUAAUCAGAGGUCCACCUUUUCUGUUUGGUUCGUUUUUAACGUUAUGCGCUUUAGUCUUGGCGUCGUUCAUACCGGAAAAUAACGUCAAAUUCGCCACGACCAGUACUUCAACUAUGAAUUUAACGUUCGAUUCCAGCCAAGAAACGCGUAACAAGAAGAACGAUACGUCUUCUAGUCCUGUACUUCUCUAGUCAUUUUUAGUGUUCGUCUGUUGUCUAGAAUGCGACUAAUCGGAAUACGAAGUAAGCUUCUCGAAGCAUAUUUUUGUUUCUCGUUUUCAGGUUUUAUUCCUCGCGAAUUUCUUCGUCCUUCAAUUUCAUAAUUAUUACGUUCGUCGUUAUAUUACCAUUUAUUUUUGAAGCGCCUUUUUUUUUAUUCAUUCGGGUUGGUUAUCAAAAACGAGACUCGACAACUUUUUCAAAGUGCCAGUUCCCCAAAUCGACUCGGAAUUAGUACUGUAAAAAUGAAAUAAUCGUUUUAUUGUACAAUGCCUUGUGGAUCGCUACCUAUUUUUAUAAUUUGUGAUAUUCUAUUGAUUUACCUAAGAGCUGCUAAAUUACUGAUUUUUUUUUUUUCAAAAGUGAAGAGGAAUGAUGCGUUUAAGCAUUUAACUCGCAAGUACAUAUAUCGAUUCGCUGUUGUUAAUUUUAACGAGUGCCCUAACUCUGACUCAAAAAUCUUCGUGUGUAAAGUGAACGUUGGAAAAAUCUAGUCAUAGGAUUUGUAACUUCACGCAUUUGUCUAUUUUUGAGAUGGUUAACCUAAGCUAGAAAAAGUUACUAUAGUUAGACGGAUAGAAAUGUCGCUCUCUCUAUAGAUAUUUAAAUCUGAAUCUUUUUUUCCAUUAUCAACGUGAAAAGCUAUUUCAAAAAGGGUCAGAACGUCAGAAGUGGGAUCUUGACCCAGAAUGCAGGAAAAGACCUCUGAUGAAAUUUAAUGUGCCAUGUGCACAACUGACAAAUUACAUAGUUCACUAAAAAUAUAAAUAACUCACUGUUGGUGUUGACUGUUGACUGCUGGUCUUCAGUAUCAACUCUUUCUCCAUUAGAUGCAUUAUCUGGCAUCAUUUUAGUUUUGAUAAAGAAAUGAAAUAAGAGUAAAGCUAGUGCACAACUUCACAACUUGACAACAAACUAUGAAAGGCGAAAGACAAAUGGCAGUGGGCUCGAGGAGAAAUGGUUGUUUAUUUGUAGGAGGUUGACUCAUUCCCAAAGAUGAGUUUUGGUUGCCAUUUUAUGUUUGGCCAAACCCUUCCAAAGAGGUCACUAACAUUUCUGAAAUUACCUACCAAAGAACUGGUUAUGAAGUGGAGAAAUUACGGGCGAUUAUCUUGUAAUUUACUACCUCUGGAUUUUGCUAUUUUCAAGUGGAGCAUCAGUGUUAUGGUAGACCAUCUCAUUUAAGAAAGAAUCAGAAAAGGAAUGUCGAGACGUAGUUGAAUGAUGCAUGUUCUUGUUCUUUUAUUCAUUCAAUUUCUCACAGGGACCUUUAUUUUAUUAAAAAUCAAAUUUUACUGAGGAUCUGUAAUAUAAGUUUUCGACGUUUAGUUAAUUAAGGUUUAGAUUUUUAUAGCUUUUCCAAGUUACAUUUUUUUUCCACCAACUUCACAUGUGUAUAAAAUGGAUGUCUGUCUUGCUUCAUUUAAUCAUUUAUUUUUCGUUUUUUUUUUUAGUUGAACAAUUUGACUUUUUAAAAAAAAUCUAUCAAUGUAUUACCAUUUUUUUCACCUUGAGAUUUUUUACUUCAGAAAAUAUUGUGCUCAUUUGAAAAAUUUUAGGAUUUUUUUUUGCGUACAAAAGUAAAAACUGGAAAGUGGGGAUAAUUUUUUUUAAAAAGAGAAAAUAAAUUAAAAGGUUCCCCCAAACAAGGAGUCUUUUUUCUGGUAGCAUUGUUGUGAAUGAGGAGAUGUGAUUGACAAUUUUUUUUUUGAAAAGCUGACUCUUUCAUGAGGUGAAUUUGAACAGCAAAAAUUGUGCGUUGAAUACUUCAAAUUCAAUUUACAGUUCUAAGGAAAAAAGAUCUCCUAACCCUGAGGCGUUUUCUUUGAGGGAACCUCCGAGUUAAUUGCUGUUUGUUGUUGUUGUUGUUUUUUUGUUUUUUAAUCUAAUCAUGUUCACGAUGUAAUGUAAGUAAUUUUAAUUUUAUAUCAUUGUAGUCAUACAUACGGUAUGUACGUAAACUAGGUAUGCUAUGUAUGUAUAAUGUUUGUAAUUAUGUGUACUUCUUCAAUAUCUGUGAUGUUUUAUUUCAUUAUCGUUAAAAGAUUGUUGUGUUUUUGUGUUGAUAUUUUUUAUAUCCUAAGUUGUUUGUAUUUAUCAUUUAAAAUACCUAUAAUGUUUAUUGCAUCGUGCAUCUAAAAACUUCAAUUUGCAUCUUCUUAUUUUUUAAAGCAAGAAUUGCUCGUUGAUUCUUUCAUUGCAGUUUGUUUGUUUUUUUUUCUAUUAAACUAAUUAAAUGUAUUGCGACGGU